UAAUGUUCGUGUCGAAAAUUUUUUUAACAUAAUCCCUGUUCUCUUCAAUUGAGCUACCCAAUUCUCUGUUUUCUGGCACCACUUGUACUGUUCAAUCUUUCCUACUCCGACAACUGGGGUAUGGUUAAAAUGCGCGAGCCACGGGUCCGCGAACAUUCAGACUCUGAGGACGUGGUCGUCAAAUCAAAGAAAGCGAAGGCGACGCACUCCAGAACGCUUGACAAUGGAACCCGGGGUGACCACACAGGCGUGGUUCGCACGCGCGGAGUCCAGCAAAGGAGCGGCGCACAGGGCGUUGUGCCGGAUAUUGGCAUUGUCGAGUGUGUCGAGUUGGUGGACUUUAUGUGCCACGAGCACGUCAAAGUCAACCUGUGUCCCAAGGUGAACUUCAUCACUGGCCAGAAUGGCAGCGGCAAGAGUGCAAUUCUGACCGCGCUGAUUAUUGCGCUGGGCGGGAAGGCGACCCUGACUAAUCGCGCAUCGAACCUAAAGGGCUUCAUUCGUGAGGGCCAAGGCAAAGCGACAGUGCGGGUGCAGCUGCGCAAUUGUGGUCCCGAGGCGUACCAUCCGGAGCUGUUUGGUGCGUCGAUUCUGGUGGAGCGGGUGCUGAGCAGCAGUGACUCGGGGUCGGCUUCACAGUUCAAGAUCAAAAACGGCGAGAGCGGGGCAGUGGUGUCGCGCAAGAAGGAGGACUUGGUGGCCAUUGUCGACCACAUGGCGAUUCAGAUCGAUAACCCGAUCAACAUUCUGUCACAGGACGCAGCGCGCGAGUUCCUAGCCAGCACCAGUCCCGACAAGAUGUACCAUUUCUUCCUUAAAGGCACGCAGCUGAUGCAGCUGAGCGACGACUUGGAGGCUGUGUGCAAGGCGAUUACCCGGGCACAGGCCAGCAUCGACCGCAAAAAGGAAGUGCUUCCGGAGAUGAAGGCCGAGCGGCAGCGGUGGAAACAGCAUUACGACGACAUGAAACAGGCACGCAAUCUCUCUGAGCAGGUCACAGACCUCAGCAAGCAGAUGGCAUGGGCGAUUGUUGAGGAGGCGGAGAAGGAGGCAAGUGGAAUCGAAGAGACAUUGCAGGUGCAUCAGCGAAAGAUUGAGAAAAUCGACGAAAAGGUCGCUGAAGAGAGUGCACGAAUGGAGGAGAUUCAGAGCAAGUCCAAGGAGCUGGCGGAGAAGGCAGACCGAGAGCUGGCGCAACUGGAGCCAUUACAAGCCGAACGCAGCGUCCCGUAUCACGAGCUCAGCGAGAUCAACGCUGCACUCCGCGAGUUUAAGCAGACAGAAGAUGAGAUGAACUCGGUUGCGCGCUCUACCCGACAGCGCCGCGACGCCAUUGCCAAGGAGCUCGAGGCAGAGCGGGCACGGCUGCAGGGUGAUGACAGGACAGGCCGCAUCGCCAUACAGAAGCAGGUCGGCACCAAGGAGGAGCAGACCAAGGCCGAGGAGGCCAAGGUCACGCAGUUGCAGGAGAAGCAGCUUGAGUACGAGAACAAAUCGGCAGGGUUGCGCGAAAGCAAGAGUGCGCGGUACCGUGACGUUGACAAGCACACGGUUGCGGUAACCAAGUGCAGGAAUGCGCUGGACAGCCUGGAGAAGCAGACCACCAACCAUAUGAAUGCGUUUGGGAGGGGCGUGCCGGAAGUACUGGGUCUAGUUGACCGGGCACAGUGGCGCGGUAUGAAGCCAGUUGGGCCGCUGGGCAAGUUCCUGAAGCUGCGCGACUCCAAGUGGUCCCGGGUCAUCGAGAGCUUGCUGGACAAAGUUCUGAAUGCGUUCCUGGUUGAAUCGCAUGCAGACCGACAAACUCUGGACGCCAUUAUGCGUCGGUGCGGGUGCCAAUCACGCAUAAUUAUUUGCAACACAGAGCUGUUUGAUUAUUCGCAUGGCGAGCCCGAACAGCGGUUUACAACUGUUCUGCGUGCACUGGAUGUCAGCAACGAAGUGGUGAAGCGGCAGCUGAUUAACCUGAACCGCAUCGAGCAAGUGAUUCUGGUCGAGCAGCGCGCGAUGGGUGACAAGAUCAUGCAAUCGAACAAGGGGGGAUUCCCACGCAACGUGAUAGCGUGUCUGACAGCCGAAGGGUACAGCGUGGGCACGCGGUCCGGGGGUCUGUCAACGCAGGCAAUGCGAAUGGUGCCGCAGUCCGGCCGCCUGGGUGAAGAUGUGGCCCGGAUGAUUGAGCGCGAGAAGAAGCAGCUGGCGCAGCACAACGGAGAGCUGAACAAGGCGCAGCGUGCGCUGCAGCAGGUUGAGCGCGAGCAGGAGGGGCUCAAGACGAAGCACAUGGAUGGCAACAAUGCGAUCCGACUGGCGCGCAGCCAUGUAAACAAGCUGCAGGCCGAGAUCCAGCAGCUGCGCGACCAGCUACUGAGUGAUGAGCCAGCCAAGAUCUCAGCGCUGGAGACCGAGCACGGGCACCUGACACAGCAGCUAGAGUCGAUCAAGAGCCAGUUCCGUGACCUCUUUGCGCAGCAGCAGGCGAAAAAGGAGGAGAUGGAACAGAUUGAGAGCAACAUUGCGCUGGUGGAUGCCAAGAUUGCGCGUACCAGAGAGCAUGCGGCGCAGCUGCGGCAAGAGGCUGACGACAUGGCGUCGGAGCGGCAAAAGCACAUCAACAACACUGAUUACUGGAACGCCAAGCGUGUUAGCCUGCAAGAGAAGGCCGCAGCACUGGAGCGGCAGCACGCCGAUGCCGAGGCAGUGGUCCAGGAGCAGCAGGUGCAGGCGAGACGGGUCAGCGAGGAGCGCGUGCGCGUCAAGCACCCGGCAGCGACACUGGACCGCAUGAUCAGUGAGUGCAAGGCGCGGCUGGACGAGAUCGAAAAGUCCAGCCGCAUGUCGCUGGACCAGGUGGCCGAGAAAGCCGACCUCCACAUCACGGCGUAUGCCAAGGCCAAGGAGGAAGUGCGCAGCAUCAGCAAACUCGUGGCUGUGUUGAAGACAGCGCACCAGCAAAGGCUGCAAAAGUGGAUCCAGUUCCGCGACUCGAUGACGGUGCGCACCAAGAUGCAGUUCACGCAGCACCUGUAUCAGCGCGGAUACAUGGGCAAGCUCGAGUUUGACCACGCCAAUCGCACACUGGUGCCCAAGGUGCAGACAGAUCAGGAUCUGGUCAGCGGGCACAACUCGAGGAACAGCCAGCCACAGAACGGCGAGGGAUUCCAGCGAAAGGACACCAAGUCGCUGUCGGGCGGCGAAAAGUCGUUCACAACCAUCUGCCUGCUGCUGUCGCUGUGGGAGGCCAUGAGCUGUCCGGUCCGGGCGCUGGACGAGUUUGAUGUGUUUAUGGAUGCAGCCAACAGAGCCAUCGCCAUGCGGAUGAUGGUCGACAGCGCAAAGUCCAGCAGCACAACGCAGUUUAUCCUGAUCACCCCGCAGGACAUGAACGUCAAGCCCGACGCCGAUGUGGCAAUCUUCAGGCUUAGCCAGCCGCGGCGGGCUCCGGCUGCGCGGUAGCCGAUAUCUAGAUUUACGUUAAUUUAUCACCUGUUCAGAUCACAUGCCUGCUUGGUGCUGAUAAUGGCUCGGUUUUUCACCUGC